AAUUACCAAAACAAAUUUAUUGCUAUUAUAGAAAGCUUAAAACAUUUGCUUUUUAUUGUUUAAGUACAGAUUUUAUUAAGUCUCAGACUUAAUAUUAAGACUAAAUGCCUUCGUAUGAGCUUGCUUUAGUGCUGCGGCAGUUGCCACGGCCGGAAUUAAUUGGUGUCAUUCGCCGCACAGCUGAAGCUAUAUUUGAUAAAGGCGGCAUUAUAAGGAAAUUUGAGAAUCUUGGAACUCGGGCCUUACCCCACAAAGUGAGCGAGCAUGGAGUUGUGCACCGGGAGGCGACUCACUUUACAAUUGCGUUCGACACGGCGCCGACUAAGAUUGCUGACCUAAAGGAGGAGUUUGGUCGAGACAUCGAUAUUAUACGCAGGCAUAUAUUUAAGGUAGAAGACCCUGUGGAGCACAAGUGUACGCUGCACGAGGAGAUGUUGCCACCUGCGUAUCGCAAGGACGUUCAAGAAAUCAUUGAGAUAGCCAAAAGAAAACAAAAGCCAAAAUACAACUACAAUUCGGGCCUCGAUUACUAUCCCUUCCAAAAGUAGAUUAAUAAAUAAAGCAUUAUUUUCGAAAAUGCAUUUUUAUCAGUUAA